AUGCCAAGCAUCGCCGCUUUUGGUGAUACAGCAUCCGUGGACGCGGUCUUGGACGGCCUGCAGCGCCUCGGGGUGAAGCUGGUGCGCACCUGGGCGUUCAACUACCACUCACCCUCGGCCCCAGGGGUCUACUCAGACACCGAGCUGAGGGGCCUGGACUACGUGGUGGCUGGCGCGCAGCGCCGCGGGAUGCGCGUGAUCCUGGCCCUCGGAAACUUCUGGACGCCGCACAAUUUCAAGGGCCCCGAGGAUUGGGUGGCCUGGGCGCGCGGCGGACCAGGCGGCGCCAACGGCAGCUGGACGGGCGACAUCGUGGAUUUUUACAGGGACCCCUCUGUGCGUCAGCUGUACAAGGAGCACAUUGCCUUCAUGCUGUCCCGCACCAAGACCUUCAGCGGCCGCACCUACUCAUCAGACCCAACGGUCUACGGCUAUGAUGUCAUCAACGAGCCCAGGUGUCCUGGCUGCGCAGCCGCUGACCUGGCAGCCCACCUGGACUGGCUUAGUGACGUCACGGCGUUCACGCAGGGGCUGGUCAAGUCGGGGGCGCUGGUGCUGGCCGGUACUGAGGGCUUCUUCACGCCAGAGGCGUCGGGCCACCUUGUCGCGCCCGGCUGGCGCCCCUGGGCAGUGGGCGCCCGGCGCGGGCUGCACAGCGUGCGCGUGUGCCGCGGACCGGCUGGGUCGGCGGUUGCAGGUGGCAAGCAGGUCACCGGCGGGGUGACGUAUGCUGGGGGGGCCGUGGGCGGUAACGGCGCAGGGGCCCCCACUGUGCGUGACAACCUUUUGUCUGAAAACCCUGGUGCUGGGGCCGGCUGUGAGGGGGAGGAUGUCAUGCAGAUCUCACAGCUGGGGGCAGUCGGCGCCAUGACUGCGCACAUCUACUGGAGGAAGCUGCAGCUGUACACUGACUUGGCAGCAGGCAUGGGAAAACCCUUCAUCGCGGAGGAGUUUGGGUUAACGCAGCGCUUCUUUGACCUUGAGCAGCGCAAGGUGGUCUUCGCCAUCGUCCUCAGCCGCCUGGUGCAGUCCAAGAGGGAGGGCAAGGGCUUCAUAGCCGCCCUCUUCUGGAACGCGGCGCAGCCGAACAUGGCCAACGGUGACGGCUACGAUGUCCAGGUCACCAAACCGCCUUCUGGCGCCACCGUUAGCCUCGCCAACCCGCCUCCACCGCCCUCUGCCGCCGGGGCUGGCAACACCACUGCUGACGAGGCGGCCGCCAUGUCGCCUGCCGCCUCGCCUGGGUCGCAUCAGUACGGGCGGCGGAUGCUGAGGGAAGCGGCAGCCGGUGAGGCGCAGCUUCUGCUGCCCGGGCCGUUCGGCACGAGUGGGCCUGGCGGCGUCACCAGACGCCUGUCCCAGGUGGCCGUGACGCCCGGAUAUGACGAGCUGGACACUUUCAGGCGCGCGUCGGCGCGCACCUCCUGCGCCAACGCGGCCGCAUACCACUGGUCCUUCAACAAGCCGCCUCAAACGGUGGACGUCACCGCGUGGCGGGCGCGCGUGGCGCCUGUGGAUAUCGUUGACAUAAUUGCGGAGGCGGCCGCCCUGCUGGCUGCAUAG